AUGGCAUUCAGAAUCAAAAUCACAGGUCACAGUACCAACUUCGACCCCCAGACUGGCCCUCCCACCUGUAGCGUCUGUGGCAAGGCAGGCAGCUCGGUGUGUGGACGAUGCAACGCCAACACAUACUGUUCGACAUCCUGUCAGAAGCAGGACUGGGAGUACCACCGACUUGUCUGCUCCAGAUACGCAAUCGUCACGAACGAUAAGCGACCAGACAAUACCCACUUUCGAGCUCUCUGGCUUCCACAAAACAAGGCCAAGCCUCUUUGGUUCUGGCUGAAGACGGAAAAGUGUGAUUUUGACGGAGACUGUCUGUCCUAUUCGUCAGUCAAUUGCCGCCUGGGAACUUCAUGCUUUCCGAUCACUCCUUGGGAGGUCCUCCAUGAGCACAUCCCGCAGGACGGUCUCGCGCACGGCCUGAUGGCUCUCGUCACCCCAGACUACAAGAAGGGAGGACCCCAAGCCCUGCCGAACGAGUCAAUCACAGCUCUCUUGAAAGAGGGUCAGCCCGCACUCUACAACUCGGUCAUCGUCUUUGCAUACCAGACGCGAACCACUCAAGGCAGCAACGGGCCAUCCAGCGCUGUUGUUGUCGAAGACCUGAAGAUGAGGGAUUUUGGGAAGAUUGUGGAGGCCUAUCAGCGACACGCAAGCAUCGGCAAAGAAGCCUCUCCCCUUUGA